CGGUGAGGUAUCCAUCGUCCGGCACGUCCUUUCUCGAUAUCGUCCAUCUUCCGUAACUCUUCCACAAGCUGUAUAAGGCAUCGCACAUUUUACACUGGCAAUGAUUGUACGAUACGCACCCGCGCUAACUUUGGCGUUCCUCUGUAGCUUACGGACGAGCCUUCCCACGCAUGCUUGGCUCCCCGUCGUGCCGUGGGGUUCCCGACGUCCACGCCAGCGCGCAACACCCACGAUUCCCGGGGUCCCAUGGUUCCCGUCUAUUCUCACGUUACAGACUACGUCCACACCGACGACUACCGACGCGCCUGUGUUGUCCUUGUUCAAUUCCAAGACGCGCGCGAAGGAACCCUUCCGACCGGUCCGCGCCGACACGAACGUCGUGUCCAUGUACACGUGCGGUCCGACGGUGUACGAUUUCGCGCACGUGGGAAACUUUCGGGCCUUCCUCACGUACGAUGUCCUCAAACGUGUCUUGCGGUAUCUUGGCUACCACGUGACUCACGUGUGCAAUCUCACCGACGUGGAUGAUAAGAUCAUUCAACGUGCCAACGAACAGAAAAUCGAUCACGUACAGACUCUCACCCGUCGCUACGAACAGCACUUUCGGGAUGACCUGCAGGCACUCAACAUACAACCGGCGUGCCAGUAUCCCCGGGCCACGGAACACAUUGAUGAUAUGAUGGAUUUGAUUCGUGUCUUGCGGGAUAAGGAGUUGGCCUACGAAACACCGGAUGGGUCCUGGUACUUUCGAACCCAGGCGCAACCGCGUUACGGUACCCAGCUCGUGCAACUCAACUACCAAGAAAUGGCCCAAACGGAACGGGGCGAGUCAGACGAUAAGGAGCAUUUCGCCGAUUUUUGUUUGUGGAAAGCCUUCAAGACUGGUGUGGACCGCAUGGAUGCGGCGUGGGAGUCGAACGACAUUGCACUGGGUCGUCCCGGUUGGCACUUGGAAUGCUCCGCCAUGGCCCGACACUUCUUUGGUGACGACACCAUCGACUUGCACGGGGGUGGCAUCGAUCUCAAGUUCCCGCACCACGAAAACGAAAUUGCCCAAUCCGAAGGGGCAACCGGCAACGUAUUUUGCAAUUGCUGGUUCCACAACGGCUUUGUUAAUAUGGACAAUGAGAAAAUGUCCAAAUCGCUCGGCAACUUUUUGACCCUGCGCGGAGCUUGUCCGACGCCGGACGAUGUCCGAGCCUACCGGUAUUUGGCCGUCAGCAGCCAGUACCGACAAGCGCUGGCCUUUACGCCGCAAGCCAUGACGGCGGCUCGCAACGCGAUUGCCCGUAUGGACAAGAUUAAAAACCAAUUGGAAGAGUGCACACGGGUGAACGGGGCCAGCGUGGUGGACGAGACGACGGACAGCGAGCUGCCCACGGUAGCCCGUACGGCGUUGGAGAAUUUUGAAGUCGCGAUUUGCGACGAUUUGAGCAUGCCGCGGGCAUCCGCCGCACUCUUUUCACUCGUCAAGGCUGCCGAAGGCGAGCUCAAGCGUGUAAAUAAAGUGAGUGACGAUGAAGUGUCGUUGGACUAUACCGGUCUCCGACGGAUCCUCGAUGCCAUGAAGCAAAUGGAUCAAGUGUUUGGUAUAUUCUACCGAGUACCGGUGUCGGAAGAAGAAGAAACUGCUCAAGAAGAAGCCUUGGUAAUACCAGACGAUGUGGUGGAGCUGGUAGAGCGGCGAACAGCCGCGAAAGAAGCCAAAGACUGGGAAUUGGCCGACGCCUUGCGAUCCCAAGUAACGGAAUUGGGUUACGCGGUCAAGGACGUCAAAGGUGAAGAUCCGAUCGUCACACAACUGUAG